AUGGCGCCGAAAUCCAGGGACACCCUAGACGUCCGCCCUCCACGAACCUCCUCGCGCUCGCCUAGUCGCUCCCCUCGGCCAAAGAACCGAAAGAAAGUUGCUGCCGUACCAUCCAGCUACCAAUCCGAUGGCGUCACGAAUAACGACAUCUUCAACCUCCCGACAUCCGACUAUAAGGUUAUGGUUCUGGUGACAAUAGUCGCCGCUGUCGUGCGCCUCUUCAGGAUUUACCAACCGAGCAGCGUUGUCUUUGACGAAGUACACUUCGGCGGCUUCGCUACAAAGUAUAUCAAGGGUCGCUUUUUCAUGGACGUUCACCCGCCUCUCGCCAAGCUCCUUAUCACACUCGCAGGCUGGCUCGCUGGCUUCAAAGGGAACUUUGAUUUCAAAGAGAUCGGGAAGGACUACCUCGAGCCCGGGGUGCCAUAUGUAGCUAUGCGGAUGCUCCCCGCAAUCUUGGGUGUCCUGACCGUGCCGAUAAUGUUCUUGACCCUAAAGGCCACGGGAUGUCGUACCCCCACUGCAGUGCUGGGAGCUGGUGCAAUCCUCUUCGAGAAUGGCCUAGUCACCCAGUCUCGCUUUAUUCUCUUGGAUUCUCCCCUCGUGUUCUUUACAGCGCUUACCGCUCUCUCAUUCACUUGUUUCACGAAUCAACAGGAGCUCGGGCCAUCACACGCCUUUCGCGGACCCUGGUGGUUCUGGUUGGUAGCCACUGGCCUGAGUUUAGGUGCUACGCUGAGUACAAAAUGGGUUGGCCUCUUUACAGUCGCCUGGGUUGGUUCCCUCACCAUCCUUCAACUUUGGGUGGUUCUUGGUGAUACUAGGACUGUUACUCCUCGACUCUGGUUCAAACAUUUCUUUGCGAGAAUGUUCUGCUUAAUCGUGAUCCCGCUCGGAUUCUACUGUGCCAUGUUCGCCAUUCACUUCAAAUGCCUGGUCAACCCGGGAGAGGGCGAUGGUUUCAUGUCCUCUGAAUUUCAAGCGACUUUGAACUCCAAGGGUAUGGCCGCCGUGCCUGCAGAUGUCAUAUUCGGCUCCCGUCUUAGCAUCCGCCACCAUAACACGCAGGGCGGUUACUUGCAUUCCCAUAGUCACAUGUAUCCCACCGGCAGCAAACAACAGCAAAUCACCCUUUAUCCCCACAAGGACGACAACAACCUUUUCAUUGCGGAGAAUCAGACACAGCCUAUCGGCGCUGACGGUGCGGAGAUUGAAGGCCCUCUCGCCUGGGAUAACAUCACUGCAAACUACAUAGAAGAUGGCGCAGUCAUUAGGCUUAACCACAUGAUGACUCGCCGAAGGAUACACUCGCAUAAUGAACGUCCCCCUGUGACUGAUGUGGAUUGGCAGUUUGAAGUUUCAGCAUAUGGAUACGAAGGCUUUGCGGGCGAUGCCAACGACUUUUGGCGCGUCGAGAUUGUCAAAUCUUUGUCGGACGGAGAGGAGGCAAAGAAGCGACUGCGUACCAUCCAGUCCAAAUUCCGUCUCGUCCAUGUCAUGACUGGUUGUGUCCUGUUCUCUCACAAGGUCAAGCUGCCAGAAUGGGGGUUCGAUCAACAGGAAGUCACUUGCGCAAAGGGAGCUUCGUUACCCAACAGCAUAUGGUAUGUUGAAUCGAACAAGCACCCGAUGUUACCCGCGGACGCAGAAAAGGUCACCUACAGGAAUCCCGGCUUCUUCGGCAAGUUCUUUGAGCUCCAGAAAGUCAUGUGGACUACCAAUGCCGGAUUGACGGACUCCCACGCUUGGGAUUCUCGUCCCCCGUCGUGGCCCACGCUCCUCCGUGGCAUCAACUUUUGGGGGCGUGAUCAUCGGCAGGUGUACUUGUUCGGAAAUCCGUUUGUCUGGUAUUCGUCGACCGCUGCUAUCCUGAUAUAUGUCAUUUUCAAGGGUAUUUCUGUCAUUCGCUGGCAGCGAAACUGCAAUGACUAUCGAAACUCUACCUUUAAGAGAUUCGACUACGAAAUCGGCAGCAGUGUACUUGGAUGGUUCUUCCACUACUUCCCGUUCUAUCUUAUGGCGCGCCAGCUCUUCCUGCACCACUAUUUCCCGGCCCUCUAUUUUGCUAUCCUCACUCUUGCCCAGGAGUUCGACUUUAUCACACACCGUAUCAGCAGCCUGGGCCUUCCAUCUCGGCCUGUCAUUGGAAAGGCAUUGGCUGGUAUCUUCCUUGCGCUCACUAUCUUCACAUUCACAAUCUACUCCCCGCUGGUUUAUGGCAACCCCUGGACAAAGGAUGCCUGCAAGCAAGUUAAACUUUUGAAAUCUUGGGAUUUCGACUGCAACACUUUCUAUACUGAUCUCAAUCAAUAUGUAACCCAAUUUACAAGCGCAAACGCCGCGAUCCCAACAACGCCCACUCCUUCUGAUGCGGCCCUUUCAGCUAAGAAGGCUGCUAAGAAGGAGGAGCCGAAACAGCAGCCCAAGCAGGAAGUCAAGAAGCAGAAACCUGCCGAGGUCAAAAGCGAGGAACCCAAGAUCACCUCCACUGCCACUCAACUUCGUUCUACCAAAGCACGAGUAGAGUACCGUGAUCACCAGGGUAAUAUUCUUGAUGAGGAAGUGGUAGAAUCGCUAAGGAAGGAGGGCAAGGUAUCCUUUGAGACAAGGCACGAGACCCGGACUCGUCUAGCUCAAGGCCAUUUGGUUGACAUGGUUGAUGGCGAGAUUGCUCCGCCUCACCCAGACGUUGAGGGCCAGAAUCCUGAGACUUUCGACAAGCCAGAGGAAGUUGCGGAAGACAGCCCCGCUUCCGCGGCUGGCGCAGGAAGCUUAAAGGAAGAAGUUGAUUCUCCCGAGCCGAAGCCAGCCAGCGAGGGCAAUGAUGCCACUCUCUGA